GCCGUCAUGCCGAUAAACAGUGUCGCGCGUAAGCGCUUCCGUAGUGUAGUCCAUCUCUGUUCAUAAAAAGUGCAUAAUAUAACCUAACUUAUAACCUAUUUUGUCGUAUUGUAGUUCAUAUUGUAAAUAAAUUAGAGAAAAGGAAUUCAUUUUUUUCUUUUACUGAACAAUAAACGUUUAUUUUUCAUACAAUAUUUUAGAACAUUUAUUAAAUUAUGUCAUCAGAAUUUGUUGAAAAGCAACCAAAUUUGCAAUUAGGACCGGAUGCUUCUAUAAGUUAUCCGAUUCAUGUACAAUAUUGCGGCAACUGUUCACUUCCUAUAGAGUACUGUGAAUACUAUCCAGAGUACGAAAAAUGCAAACAAUGGCUUGAAAGAAACUUACCAUCAGAAUUCGAAAAAGUUAAAUUGGCAGAAGAUGGAAGUACAGAGGCUGGAGGAGGAGGAGGGGGAGGAGAAGAUGAGAAAAAGCGUCAGAAACGAGGUGGUAAAGGCAUGUUAAAAACAAAAAAGAAGGAAGAUAUUCCAAAAUUGGUUACCGUGUCCAGAGCACCAAGAGGAAAGAAAAAGUCUGUAACAGUAGUAACAGGAUUAAGUACUUUUGAUAUCGAUUUAAAAGUAGCUGCAAAGUUUUUCGGAAGUAAGUUUGCGUGUGGAUCUAGUGUCACUGGUGAGGAUGAAAUCGUUAUUCAAGGUGAUGUAAAGGAUGAUUUAUUUGAUGUGAUUCCUGAAAAAUGGCCACAGAUCGAUGAAGAUUCAAUAGACGAUUUAGGAGACCAAAAGAGAUAGUAGGCGACUGAAAUUUCUGUAUGGAAACUGCAGAAAUUCCUCUAAGUUUACAAACAUGAAUUUUGUCUUUUGUGUCCUGAAUUGUGGAAAUGUACUUUUAGAUUACAAUCAUGUACAGAAUUUUAUCUUAAUAUCUACUUUAUUACUCAAUAACUAAACAAAACUUUUUCCGUAUUCUUGUGAUGUUUUAAUUUUAUAUGCAUGCUAAAUCACGUUCAAAUAAUUUAAGAAUUAUUUUCAUUUCAAAAGUAUAACGAAAUAAACGAUUUAAACAUGAAAUAUCAAUCUUGGGUAAAAAUAGAGUAAUAUUUAGUAUUUUUUCAUUAAACUGCAGAGGAAACUGUGUUAAAAUUAAUAUACAUUUAUUAUAUAAGUUAAAAACAUUACUUAUCAUUUUUUAAAAUAUUAAUAGUUAUGAAACCAUUUAGUGGGUUUUUAAUAAAAUUGAGUUUAUUUAAAUUUUUGAAAUUUCCACAUUGCAUGACACACUGAGUGAGAAAUAAAUAUAAUAAUAAUAAUAAUAAUAGAAAUCCCAAAUUCUCGGUGCCUAUUGUCAAAUUUUUGACAGGAAGUAAUCAAGUUAAAACAUAUUUAAUGGCAAAACAUUUUUAUCAACUUUUAAAAAUCAACAUAAUUUUUGUUCAUGGCAAAAAAUCGUGAAAAAAUUGCAUAACUUUUUCUCAUACAGUUUAUACUUCAAGGUAUUAUAGUGACUUAGAUUCGAUUAUGAGAGAUAUUUUUCAAACUUUACUUGAUUAUUCGUUGCUUUAAUCUAAGAAAUAAAAUAAGUCUGUCUAAAGUUCACUAAGUUCCAAAAAAUUCAGUAAAAUUUUUUUAUAUUAUACAUGUUUUGAAUGUGAUGACCAUCUAUAAUACGUAUUUAAGGGCAGUGUCCUUAAGUGGCACUGCACAUAAAACUUUGUUUCGAUUUUCGUUAGAUUUCAUUUUCUAUCCAUUUUAAAUAAAUAUUUAUUUUAAAUUUA